AUGGCUCUCCCACGAGAGUCCAUGUUCCUCCCGACUAUCAAAUGCUCGUCAUGUAGUCGGGAAGUUGAAAUCUCUAUGAUGGGAGACCAUAUUUGCGAGCCACCAGAGCCCGAACUUUCUCCUCCACCAGAGAAGUAUGAGGCAUACACUCCAUACAGCCCAGCACCCUUUAGUCCGGGUCUUUACAGCCCAGCGUCUCCUGAGAAACAGGGCCACAUACCACCUUCACUAGAUGUCAACGCUGCCAAUCAUCCUUUUUUGCAAAAAGGACAAUUGACACCAAAUAGUGAGCCGCGCAGCAGAUCGUCAAUCAAUGAUAUGGAAUGCUUCUUCGACGACGUUCCAACACCACAUGAAGACGAUCUCAUCAUGCCUUCACCGCGCCCUAUCGAUCGUCCUGGAGCUUACGGAGGUUUUGGCGAGAAGAAGCAUGGCCCAGACUUUCAACCUCGCUCCGUGAGUCCCAACGGAGGAGCCAACUCAUCACUGUUCAAGAGAGUGGACACUAUCGCACCAGGUCCCUUCGAUCCUAUUCGCAGUCCUUCGGCGAACUCAUUUCCCAGGGAGAUAACAGAAAGCCGCGAUAAGUCAGAAAGCUUCCUGAGUGCAUCGCCAAGAGACUACUUCAACAACCAAAGAAAUGAAAGGUCUCCCUCUCCUACAGGGAGUGCCAAUGACAACAACUACGAUGUCUCCGGCCCCCCUCGGCGACCAACACGGGAUGACUACGAGGGUUUUGGACGCCCUUCUGAGGCCGACGAGUUGCUCCAGCCUCAGCCUCUGGGAAUUAUGAACCGGUCUGAUACAUUCCCCAAACUGGCUGUUCGAUCAGAUGCACCAUUGAGAACUACCUCUGCACCGGGCGUCAAGCAUGAGCGCACUGCCUCCAGUGGAUUUGGACACGCCUCAAAACCAUCCAUGGGACCAGACACCUCGAGAGCACCCCCGCCGCGCAAGAGUCUGUUGCACCCGUCAAAAUCCAGCAAAUACUCCGCAUCUGUCGAUCUUGCUGCUGAGUUUGGCGUCAACAACCCUUACCAUACACCCUCGGAUUCUACAUCUUCUGGCUUCUCUACAUUCAGCCACCAGAGCAACGGUAGUUCUCAGACCAGUCAAACAAGAUCUCAACCUCGACGCGAUCCCUCGGACCUCUCAGCUAUGGACGGACUAAUGGAAGAUCUCGAAAGUUCAAUGGAAGCGUUGGGAUCCAAGAAUGCUCAGGCCGAUGCCCCUGUGCGGCCUGCACGCGCUCGAUCACCUCUUGCAGAGUCACCACUCGAUCUAUCCCGCGAGCGACCUGGUUCUGCCAACCGCUACGAGCCUCAAACCGAGGCACCUCCCCAACGGCACGAUUCCCAACCAAACCCACUUUACGCGCCAUCACCUCAAGAUCACUACUCUAAUACAAGUCCGCUAUCAACGCCUUCGCAAACCCUUCCUCCAGCUCUGUCGCCCCCUAUUCGGAAAGCGACACAAGACCCUGUACGAUCCCGAGGCAACUGCAAAGCUUGCAGUCUUGCCAUCACGGGAAAGAGCAUCUCAUCUGCAGAUGGAAGGCUGACAGGCAAAUAUCACAAGGCUUGCUUUGUUUGCACAACGUGCUCUGAACCCUUUAAAUCAGCCGAAUUUUACGUCUUGAAUGACAAGCCUUAUUGUGAACACCAUUAUCACAAGCUUAACGGCAGUCUCUGCGGAAGCUGCGAGAGGGGAAUUGAGGGUCAAUACCUUGAGGACGAAUUCUCGAUCAAGUACCAUGUUGGUUGUUUCCGGUGUCUCGAUUGUGGCCGGUCCCUCUCCGAUGGCUACUUUGAGGUGGAGGGCAAGUCGUACUGCGAGCGAGAUGCCUGGCGCCGAGUGCAGCAGUCUUACCCUCCCCCAGCGAAGCCACCUCCAGGCCGAGGGCCACCCGGUCCACGACCUCCCAUGAUGGGUCUCCCUGGCCAUCCGGCACAGCGAAUGGGUCCUGGCAUGGGACUUCCACGGCCUCCGUACGGUAUGCCGCCUCCUGGAAACCGGCUCGCUCCAGGGCCUCCCGGACAACAAGGACCUCGACCACGAAUGAACAAACGACACACUCGACUUGGCAUGAUGUAA